AUGUCCCAGGCACGCAACGCCUCAGCUCGAUCCAACGCGGGCCUCGACGCACCCGUCACCCUCAAGGUGCUCUACGAUGGCAUCACCCGCCGGGUCAAGAUGCCCCUGCGUGAUAUGGUCCCCGGCUCGCUGGAGAAGCAUGUAUGUGCCACCCCCCCGCUCGCCCCCCCUCCUCCUUUCCCCGACGCCGGAGCCGAGACGGCCGUGCCGACGUUGCUGACGUGCGUCAUGCUCGCCCAGGUGCGAAUAUUCCUGCAUCUCCCCGUCGACACCAAAAUCAUGAUGGAGCGCUUCUCCGACUCGGCCGCCGCCUACGUCCUGCUCGACACGGCCAACCUGCCCGUCUACAAGCAGCUGUUCCGCGCCGCCAAGGCCAAGUCGAAGCUCAAGAUUCGCGUCACCCUCCUGGCCGCCGACGAGAGGACGGCGUCGAGGCCGCCUUCGCUCGCCGACGACGUCCAGUCCUGUCGAGCGCUCGCCUCGGACGCCGCCGCCAAGCCCGUCGUGGCCUUGCCCGCCGCCGCCGCCGCCGCCGCCAAGCCCGAGCUGCCUUCCAAGCUGACCCUGUCCAGCGGCCCUCCUCUGAGGGACAUGGUCUUCGGCGAGAGCAUGGCCGCCUAUCCGGACGGGAGCCUCGCCGACGACGGCGGCCGCGCCGGCGAUGACGUCCCCGCCUACCUCGACUCGGUCGACAACGGCCGCGGCCGCAUCUUGAACGGCUACCUCGAGACGGUCGGCAACGGCAACGGCGGUGCCUUCCCCGACUACCUCGCCACCGUCGAGUCGAGCCGGGCGCCCGCCUACCUCGACGACGCCAACGUCAACGUCAGCGCCUACGCCGUGCACAUCGAGCACUCGCCCGCCGCCAUGUCGCCCGCCGCCUGCGCGGCCGCCGCCGCCACCACCACGGGCACCUACACCUUUUCCACCGUCAGCUCCUCGUCGUGCUCGGCCAACAGCGGCGGCUUCGCCGUCUUCUGCAACCGCUGCGACAAGACCAUCCCCGACGUCCACUACCACUGCUCGACCUGCGACGACGGCGACUUUGACCUCUGCCAGGCCUGCGUCAAGCGCGGCCUGACGUGCCACAACAGCGGUCACUGGCUGAACAAGCGAGCCAUCAAGGACGGUCACAUCGUCAGCAGCACCACCGAGACCCUCCUGCCCAAGCGCAAGGUGCCCUCGCCGGUGCGCGAGGAGCCCGGGCGCGUCGACAAGCCGGCGGGCGCCGCCGCCGUGCCCGACAUGCCCCCCCGCUGCGUCCCGGAUCUCGUCCGCCAGCAAGCCGCCCCGACGAGCCCGCAGAGCAACCGCUGGGCCUGCGUCGGCAACAUGCGAACCUGCAACUGCUGCGUCCAAGAACUUCCCGAGCGCGAGUUCGUGCACUGCACCGCCUGCGAGGAUUACGACCUCUGCCAGCCUUGCUUCGCCCGCGACGCCCACGGCCACCACCCCAAGCACGGCUUCGCCCCCGCCGUCGCCGGCACGAAGCUGGCCGACGCCAUCAUGGCCAAGCUGCUUCCCGGCCGGAACCAGGUCCACCACGCCAUCUGCGACGGAUGUGACAAGCACAUCACGGGCGUCCGCCACAAAUGCCUCGAGUGCCCCGACUGGGACUACUGCGAGGCCUGCGUCGGCAGCGCCCACUUCGUCCACGCCAAGCAUCGCUUCGCGCCCCUGUACGAGCCGCUCGCCGACGUCAACCUCUCGGCCGCGUCGCAGCUCGUCCACCAGGGCAUCUGCUGCGACGGCCCCCUCUGCGCCAUGUCCCAGGUCUACCCCUCGUACAUCCGAGGCGUGCGCUACAAGUGCGCCGUCUGCCACGACCUCGACUUCUGCGCCAACUGCGAGGCCAACCCGUCCAACACGCACAACAAGACGCACCCGCUCAUCAAGUUCAAGACGCCCGUCCGCCACGUGAGCGUCACGACGACGGGCGAGCACCACGACGGCCACCCCCUGCCCGCCAUGGGCGAUUGCGGCGGCGACCUCGCCAAGGCCAUCGAGGCCCUGCGCCUCGUCGGCGUGGCCAACACCAUCAACACGGUCCAGACGGUCCUCGACGUCGAGCCUGAAGCCGGUGGCAAGGUGGCGCCGGCCGAGGCCGAGAGGGAGUCCGAGCCUCGGGCCAAGUCGGACGAGGCGACGAAGCCGGCCGAGCUCGAGUCCGCCAAGCCCGUGGCCGUACCCGUGGCCGCCCCCGUGGCUGUCGAGCCGGUCGUCAAAAUGGAGACGGAGUCGGCGAAGCCGCCCGCGGCCGAGCCCGAGAACAAGGAGGAGGACGCCAAGGCGCCGACCGAGCACGAUCUCACGGCCGUCUUCAUCAAGGACACGGUCAUGGACGGCACCUUCCUCCCGCCAAACCACGAGUUUGCCCAGAGCUGGGUUCUCCGCAACGAGGGGUCCGUCGCCUGGCCCGCCGGCUGCUCCGUCCGCUUCGUCGGCGGAGACUACAUGGGUCACGUCGACUCGGCCCACCCCGCCGGCAUCUCGGACCUCGCCUCGGCCGCCGAGUCGACGGUGUGCUCGGCCGCCCUCGCUCCCGGCCGCGAGGCUUCCUUCACGGCGCGCCUCCGCACGCCCGCCCGCGCCGGCAAGAUCAUCUCGUACUGGCGCCUGACGACGCCCGACGGGUACAAGUUUGGCCAUCGCCUGUGGUGCGAGGUCAACGUCAUCGCCUCGCCCGCGGGGCUCUCGAGGCCCAUCAUCGAAGCCGUGAACCUGCAGCCCGACGACUCGUCCAAGUCUAGCAGCAUCAUGAUCUUCCCCAAGCUCAACAAGGAGCUGCCCGGCGUCGACGUCGCCCAAGGGUCGUCGCCCGACAACGCCGACGACCCUCCCUCGGAGGCGGAAAAGGCCGACGCCGAGGAUGGCCUGGAUGACGAGGAGUGGGACGCCACCGACGACGGCUUCCUGACGGACGAGGAGUACGACAUCCUCGAUGCCUCGGACGAAGAGUAUCUCGAGGACCAGCAGAGGAAGCUUCUCGAGAAGUAA